AUGCUUAUUUUUAAGUUAAUAAUUGGUUUGAUUUUUGCAGACUACGAAGUUGGAGAUAACAUUGAAGGUGAUCGGUUAGCUGGCGGCUACAGCGAUGAAGGUGUUUUGGGACGUGGCGGAGUGGUCAGCGCAGAAAGCCCUGGUGGAGGCGCUGGUUAUUCAGGUUGUGGCUUCCGUUUCUCACGUUCACGUAGCCAACGUCUUCCGCCUAGCUCAGGGCUUGAUUCUUUAGGCGGUAUAGGUACCAAUAGUAGUAGCUAUAUAGGGGAUAGCAUAAGACGAAGAGUAGAAGCCGCCGUCACUACAGCCGUUAGCAAUUCAUUUCCGGCAAGUGGGGCGUUUGGAUCAAAGUGCUUUGGUGAGGAGUCUAGCGGAACGAUAGCAACAGCCGCUGUCAAGCAUCUAACGGAAUCAGACAAGGUUGCAAUCCGAAUUAUAAGAAAAGUACGCUUUUUUGUGGCACGGCGCAAAUUCAGAGAAGCUCUCAGACCUUAUGAUGUUAAAGAUGUGAUUGAACAAUACUCGGCAGGCCACAUGGACAUGCUUACAAGAAUCAAGUCGCUGCAGUCAAGGUGA